AUGGGCCUGCCAUUGUUUAUCACGCCGGUUGAACCUGAGGUGGCACCCAAAGCAGCAGAUAAAUCUGCCACGGCAGCUGCUCGAUCUACUAUCCGCCGACAGCGCACUGUUCGUGGCCCAAAUUCGCGUUCCAAUGCUGCGGAGAUUCGGCGCAGGCGUAUACUUUCCAUGGUCGCGGACACCACGCCAGAUGACUAUGAGGCGUGGGAAUUGCGUCAAGCAAGUCCUUCAAAUGAUGGUGAAGAGCAAGAUCCCGCUGUCGCGCCAGGCCGCUUAGAGCGCCGUGGCGAAGAGUUGCAUCACAGCAUAAUGCGACGAUUUGGGCGCGACCGCAACCGCGACCGCGAACCCGAACCCGUCAGCUUGGAACGCGAGAAUCCACCAAGCGCCCAAGACGGUAGCGCCGCGUCCAUGAUGCCCCCAGUUCCUGAGACCAGAGACUUCUAUGCUGUUGGCCCCCGACGUCACGAACUUAACCGUCUGCGCCAUAGACAAAACUUUCGACGAUCAGUACAAAACGCUGCUCCGACACCUCCUUAUCCGACUCCUCCCCCCUAUACCGAUACCGAUCUCGCGUUUCUUGCCCGUAUCGGCCUUGAUUUACCCCGUCCGGCCUCCUUAACACCUGCUCUCUCCCCAUCCCACCAGGUUGCCAUGGAUGAUGCUGAAGCUCCACUGCGACGGCCACAUGGAGAAUCACUACUAGUUCGAGCUACUAGGCCAUCACGAGGAACAAUCGAUCGGCCAAGCAGACAGACCUUGUCAGAAAGAGUACAUUCUAUCAAUCGCGGUCCAAUGUACAAUGUGGAGAGGGCUCGUCGAAUGGCCCGCCAAGAAAUGGAUGGGUUGGGUGAUCGAGACCGGAGCUUAAGCCCCGAAGGAGGUUCAGCAUGGGACACUCUUCUGGCAAGCAUCACGCCUGAUCCUCAGCCGCCGAGUGCUGGAUCAUCGUUUGCAUCUGCAUCGGCUGCUGCUGCCGCCACUUCCUCGGCCUCGGGCUCUGCAUCAGCUAACACCUCUAUGACCAGUGUGGGACUGAUAUCAACUGGCAUGGGACUGAUGGAUCCAAACUGCGAUGAUUCGGAUUCAUCAAAUACUGAAGACGAGGAUGAUCUAUAUGAGCUCCAGGAUUUCAGCAGGGCUAGAGGCGAUCGAUCAUUGAGAUCAUAUGCGGAAGUCGUUACUACUCACCCAUACGACCGACAUAUACGACCUAAUGUCUCAGCAGAUACGGAGGAUCUAGGAGGAAUGCACCGGAUCAUCUCCCGUCUUGCGGAGCGUGAUGAGAUACCGGAUGAAUGGUGGGCAUCAGCUGGUCUGAGCCGAAAUCUGCGCCCAGAGCGUACGACUUGA